AUGAAAUAUUCAUCACAUAAUAGAAACAACUUUUGCUGCCUUUCCUGCUCAGGUUGCAUGCUUAUGGCGUUUGAAGGGGAAGUAAAAAAAUUACACUUUGAUGGAAACAAACAAAAUACUUUACAUUUUAAUCACAAAGCAGAUGACAUAAAGCAGAUCACCAGAUUAACCGAACGACGGGCAAUGUGUUUUUAUUCUCCCGCAUCAACCGUCAUAGUCAACGAUGGAAUGAAACAUCAAACUUUUGGUAGGAACGACAAGCCUUCGUCGGUCGAUUUUCCUCAAGAACUUGAUGCUGAAGCCAUUAAAAAGGGUUAA